UGGACCAUCAUUGUUUUACUCUCGUCCUCAAUUUCGGACCCGUAACAACAUCAACAAGUACAGAUAUGUUUACUUUUUUAUUAUGUUUGCAUUAUAUAGUCUAAUAUUCUGCACUAAUUCUACUAUUGUGUACAUAAUCUGGAUUCAUAAAAACCUCCAUAAGCCUAUGUACAUUUUCAUUGCUGCUUUGCUGCUGAAUGCUGUUCUUUACAGUACAACUGUUUACCCAAAACAUCUGAUUGACUUUUUAUCUGAAAAACAAGUCACAACAUAUUCAGCCUGUCUCUUUCAAUUUUUUAUGUUUUACACUCUAGGCAGUUCAGAGUUCUUUCUCUUGGCAGCCAUGGCCUAUGACAGAUAUGUGGCUAUUUGUAAACCUCUACAAUAUCAAACUAUCAUGGGUAAAACCACUGUGAGUAUUUUCUUGGCUGUAGCAUGGCUUGUACCUGCUUGUCAUAUUGUAGUCUUAACAGCUGGGAGUGCUGAAGCAACAUUGUGCAACUUUAACUUAAAAGGAAUAUUUUGUAAUAAUGCAGUUUACACUCUUCAGUGUGUAAAGUCAAGAUUAAUUACUGUAUUUGGAGUAGUUGCUUUAAUAGAUCUUGUAAUAUUACCUAUGUUCUUCAUAGUUUUUACAUACUCAAACAUUUUUAUCCUCACUUAUCAAAGUUGUAAAGAAGUGAGGAAGAAAGCUGCGGAGACGUGUUUACCCCAUUUUGAAGGAGCAGCGACUCUACUCUGCACCCCUCCCAAGAUUCCUAAACUCCCCCACUUAAAGCAGGAACAUGUCCCUGGCACGGAGUGGGCACUCCAACCUUUUCUGGCUAAGGCCAUGGCCUCAGAUUUGGAAGUGCUGAUUCCCACCACUUCACACUCGGCUGCCAACCAUUCCAGUAAUGGUGAAAGAGUGAAAGUGCCCUGGCCGGCCUCUGCCCCUGGCCCCUCGCUGCCCGUCAGGCACGUGCAGAGGGGGACGGAAGGUGAUGAGCUGGUUACAGGCCACCACACCACAGGAGUGCUGUAG